UCGAUGUAUCGAUAAGGGAAUAAACAUACUCUAGGGGCCGGCGAUAACCGCCUGGUGCAAUUUCGUGAAUUUUUUUUUAAUAAUUUCAACAAUUACUGUUAUGGACCUAACGCUAAACGAUGGCAGCAAUCCGCAGACGCCGCCCAAUCAGCAUCCGUUGACGGACUACCAUUUCAGUCCGGAGGAGCUGAAGGCGUUACGUGAAUGCAAUCAGGAAUCGUUUGUGCAGCGCUCGCUGCCCUUUGGCACGGGCCUGGGUCUGUUGGCCUAUUUUGGCGUCAAGAACGGCUAUCUGCAGGGCAAUGGCAAAUACGGCGCCGUGCCCAAGGUCAUAAUGGGCGUCAUUCUGGGCUAUUUUGUGGGCAAGUUCAGUUAUCAGCAAAAAUGCGCUGAGAAAAUCAUGCGUUUGCCCAACUCACGAUUGGGCGAACUGCUGCGUCAGCGUCGCCAGGGCGGCGGUGUCAUUAGCACCAUAACGCCGGACGAGAAUCUGGGUCGGGCGUUUACCCUGGCGCCCUUUACGCCCAGCUCGGCGGAUGUGUACACGGAUGAGGGCCAUCGGCCAUCGCGGAAUACGGCCCUUAAUCUGGACACGGACGCGCGACCGAAUCUCUCCGGACUCGAUGAUAUAUACAGGCCCACGCUGGACUCAGCCAGCACAAUGGUGGACACGGAGCUGCCGCUGGAGCCAGCCAAGCCGGGCGAGAGCUACGAGGACUUGCGCAAAAAGAAUCGCGAGGAGUACGCAAAGCAUCAGCAAAGCGCCUACUCCAGGCCCUACGAGGCGCCCGUCCAGCAGCCGCAGCAGCAACAGCAGCGUCCCGUGGAACAGUUCGCCAGCCCCGGCAAAAAGAACAAAUACGGCGAUUCCUGGACAGAUUAGGAGAGCCUCGUGCUUAUAUAAAUGCCAUUGUUAAUUUAUUCGCUUGCUUUUAAAUACAAAGCGCAUAUAAAAGUUAAAA